UGACGCAGACCUUGCGUUGGGCGAGGGUGGACCGCGUUUCCGGCCUGAGAAACCGUCGCAUUUCUGGGGCGACGCCUCAGCUGGCGGUUACCACCGCCUUUGACACCUCUGGACCAGCCACCUCCAUCCCUGGCGUCACCAUGGGAGCUGUGCUGGGUGUCUUCUCCCUCGCCAGCUGGGUUCCAUGCCUCUGCGGUGGUGCAUCAUGUUUGCUGUGUAGUUGCUGUCCUAACACUAAGAAUUCCAUGGUGACACGCCUCAUUUAUGCCUUAAUUCUCUUCCUGGGCACUCUUGUAUCCUGUAUCAUGUUGAGUGAAAAGAUGGAAACUCAGCUGAAGAAGAUUCCUGGAUUCUGUGAAGGGGGAUUUAAGAUCAGGAUGUCUGACAUAAACGCAGAUACAGAUUGUGAUGUGCUGGUCAGUUAUAAAGCUGUAUAUCGGAUCAACUUUGCUUUGGCCAUCUUUUUCUUUGUCUUCUUUCUGCUCAUGUUAAAAGUAAAAACAAGUAAAGAUCCUAGAGCAGCAGUACACAAUGGGUUUUGGUUCUUCAAAAUUGCUGCUCUUGUUGGAAUCAUGGUUGGAGCUUUCUACAUUCCUGGGGGCCCUUUUACGACAGCCUGGUUUACUGUUGGUAUGGGAGGGGCUGCUUUCUUCAUCCUCAUCCAGUUGGUACUGUUGGUAGACUGUGCUCACUCUUGGAAUGAAUUAUGGGUAAAUCGAAUGGAAGAAGGAAACCCAAGAUUAUGGUAUGCCGCUUUACUGUCUGUCACAAGCUUCUUUUAUGUCCUGUCAAUCAUCAGUGUUGGGCUGCUCUACACAUACUACACCAAACCAGAUGGCUGCACAGAAAAUAAGUUCUUCAUCAGUAUUAAUCUGAUCCUUUGCAUUGUGGUUUCUAUCAUAUCAAUCCACCCAAAAAUUCAGGAACACCAGCCUCGCUCCGGCCUCCUGCAGUCCUCUAUAAUCACCCUCUACACCAUGUACCUCACCUGGUCAGCCAUGUCCAAUGAACCUGAUCGUUCCUGCAACCCCAGCCUGCUGAGCAUCAUUAAACACAUAACUGCACCAACUUUGGCUCCUGGAAAUUCCACUGCCCCGGCCCCUACCUCUGCUCCACCAUCAAAGAGUGGCCCUUCUCUGGAUUCAGAGAAUUUCGUUGGGCUGUUGGUCUUUGUUAUCUGCCUUUUGUAUUCUAGCAUCCGCAAUUCCAGCAAUAGCCAAGUAGACAAGCUGACCCUGUCAGGGAGUGACAGCGUGAUCCUUGGUGAUACAACUACCAAUGGUGGCAGCGAUGAAGAAGAUGGGCAGCCUCGGCGGGUUGUGGACAACGAAAAAGAGGGAGUGCAGUACAGCUACUCCUUCUUCCACUUAAUGCUCUGCUUGGCUUCCUUGUACAUCAUGAUGACCCUAACCAGCUGGUACAGCCCUGAUGCAAAGUUCCAGAACAUGACCAGCAAGUGGCCAGCUGUCUGGGUGAAGAUCAGCUCCAGCUGGGUCUGCCUCCUCCUCUACGUCUGGACCCUUGUGGCUCCUCUUGUCCUUACUAAUCGGGACUUCAGCUGAACUUCUGAGCGCCAAGGAUGCCACUGAAAUUCAUAAGUCCCUUUUGCCGAAAACCCGUAUCUCUUUUAGGUUUGCUUUAACUAAAAUAUUAAGUGAACGCUUUGCAAA